AUGCUCUAUAGUAGCCAACGGGCUAAACGCACUACUCGCUUGCCUCCAUCUCGGUUGACCACGAGUUUACUCCUCCUGUGUGGCGCAUCCUUCCUGAUAUCGUCUAUCCAAUGCCUUCCCAAAGUGUUCCGCAGCAAUGAAAUAUGCGGAGUGUACAAUGGCCAUCGAGUGUACUUCGAGCUUGGAGACCGCGGGCAACUACAGGCGACCAAUGUGACAGUGCCUUACGUUCCUCGGACGGCAUUGGCAAACCAAACCGCCAUCGCCAAUGUUUGCACACUCGAGCUGGUGACCUGCCCUUCGUGCAAUUUUAAAAUCUCAUUAAGUUAUUCGAAUUUUCCCGCCAAGUGCACGGCCCACAAUGAACCGCCGUGUCGGUGUGACUAUUUGGAGUUUACAGAGCCACCGUUUGAUUCAUCAGAAUACACCGGUCGGCGUAACUGUGGCCACGACGUUGUCUACCAAACGCAAACUCGUUCGGUGCUGAUCAAGUUCGUCUACUGGAGCAAUCACACGCACGCCUUCACCUUGGAGUAUGUUGCUGAACGAAACCGUGAAACCAUUCAAGCAAAUCCCGGUCCGGCUCAAAACCUCACCAGCAUCAGCAGCUUCCCAUCCCAUCACCGGGUGAUCACAACGCCAUAUUUCCCAGCCUACUAUCCCCGGGACUUCGGCAAGGAGUACGUGCUGAGCUGCAACGUCGAAGCCUGCCGCAUCAAUGUGAUCUUCAGUGACUUCCAGCUGGCCAAAACCUCCACAAUGGAGUUCUACGACUGGAACGGCCAACGUUUGGGAGCUGUCUCAGGAGCAAUGUUUCGUCCACCAGUCAUCCAGAGCAGUGGUCCUUCGAUGAUCAUACGCUUCUAUGCGAACGGUGGAUCCGCCCUAGGUUACCGAGCGUUGGUGUCCUUCGUACACGUCACCAGUGCGGCCGAUGUUUCGCUCCAUCCGAACACGAACUGCGGUGGAGUCGUGGAAAACAUUGGCGGUGCCAUUACGAUGAUGAAAAUGCUCACCAACGCCAACGAGAGCCGGAUGUACGAUUGCGUGUGGUUGAUCAAACCACCCAACACGUACGCACACCUUAAAACGCAUCUCUCACUCAAGGUGGACACAUUCGAGAAGCUAGGGGCGCAAUCAGUGAUGACGAUCAUCCAAGGAACCACGUCGGACGGUACGGUGUUGAGUGUGGCGAAGAGUGAUAGUGCUCUUCCACGGAAGGACCUUGUCGUUCCGCUCACAUCCGGAUUCUACGUGCAUCUGCGAGCUUCCUUCGGGUACCUGUCGAGGAUGGCGCUGGUUUACACGGGCUUUAGCUAUUUGGAUUGCUACAUGGGAACCGAAUACCUUUGCCAGAACCGGAAAUGCAUCCCGGUACAGCUGCAUUGCGAUGGCUUCGACCAUUGUGGCGAUGACAGCGACGAGCCGGAAAGUUGCGUCCAGGAAUGGUCCAGUGGCGUAAUAGAUCGACGCUGGUAUUCCCACACACCCAACUACUAUUUCCCCAAGAUGGACCACUAUCCGGAUCUCCGCACGGCCACGAUCAUUUUUAUCGCCAGCAGUCUCGGGUUGAUCAUGCUGAUAUCCGCCCUAAUUGUGCUGCUCUACCGCACCGGCAACCGCGCGAGACAGCAACGAGAAUUGCAGAGUCAGCUGCAGACGAUCAGCGAGCUUUUAGUUAAUGUGAUCCGUGUAGACAGCAACAAUGCGCACGGUGCGGAGGAACUGGACGAUCCACCGGUGUACGAAGCACCUCCGGACUAUGACGAAAUCAUCAAAGUCGGCAUGGACGAGGAGAUCCGGCGAAAGCGUCGCAGGCGUUCUUCAUCCGCUUCCGGACGACGCAGUCGCAUGAGACGAUCGCGUAGACCCAGCAACACCUCGGAGGUGCAUAAUCCCAUCCUGGAGGUACAACUGCCACCGGAAUCAGACAGCCUUCCGUCGACGAGCGGAUACACACUGGGGAUGGAUCACGGACAGACUGACAGCGACGCGUACGAUCGGUACUCCGAUGCGGACAUGGAUGCGGAGGAUCACGACCUGCGAUCGGCCAACUGGAGCAACAUCGAGGAACGCGGAGACUUCUUCAUUAGCUCCCGCAUAUUGGAAACUCCAGCGUCGUCUCCGAGCCAGGGCCUUAGCGUCGGUGGACAUCAAUCGGCCAGCCCACCGCCAACGUACGACCAGAGCAAUGCACGGUUUUUCGCACUGCAGGCCGCAGCAUUGCCAGCGGCCAGUAUUGCAAACAGCGUGCCGUGUGGCUAUGCGGAAGACUCUGUACCGGUCACGCUCGGGAUUAGCUAUCUGACCAGUACGGUUUGCUUUCCGACCGGUGGCGGAACAAGUGGAGCCGGUGAACCAUCGAUCGUAACCCAUUUGCCAUCAUCCAGCAACUCCAUGCCUUUCAUCAUCAACCCGGCCGCGUCCUCGGACCGAAGUGCCAACAACACCAUCAGUAUUAACGUCAGCAGUAGUAGCGGUGUUCCUGCGAGCAGUAGUACAGUGACUACUUCACUGGGCAGGCUUCCAACUCACAUCUUUAGCGAGGGUAAUCGAGCGGAGCGUACUUGGCAGGUGUUUGGUGGUAGCUUAGACGAAUCAAGUCUGCAACAGCAGAGACAGCAGUAUUUAUCCACAACGACGGUGGCGCAAAAUAGCUUCAACUCGCUCGAUUUCGAGCAGAUGCAGGAAAUCGAUGCCUACUUGUUCGGGUAUAGCAGCAGUACUUCGAACGAAAACGGACUGUCGACCGACAGCAGCCAGGAAACGAUCAACUCCAACGGAACAGCUACAUCCCAACUCACAACAUCCGCUUCGAUUACUCGAAGCUCUUGCUUAUGUGAUUCGAUCAGUCGACCGCUGCCUCACCACAAUAAUACGUCGGUUCCAACAGUCGCUGCCAGUGCGUACGACAUGAUUGCGAAGCAUUGUCCCGUCUGUCGGGAGCAACGACGAUCCGGGGCCGUCCACCUGAACACCGAUCUUAUACGACCCGUUCCACCGGGCUCGAUGCACUGCUCGAAUUGUCACGGGCGCCUCACAACCGCCGAAUAUCUGCGAGCGAUGCGUAGUGAUCCACCAACUACCGGUGCUGUUCUCCAGCAGCAACCUUCGCAGACGUUUUCCAGUGGCGAUUCGGCAACACCCGCCACCAGUAAAGUGUGCACGUGUUUCGGAAAAUUUCCCUCCCAGAAUAACAUCACCAGGACAACAUCGGCCGUCGGCAUGAUACUGGCGACACGCACCUUCUCGAUGGACCGGCUGGAUGAUGACGGUUUUCUGAGUGGUAGCUUUGGCAACGACCGGCGAAGUGCACGAAGUUCGAGCAGUGCCGUGUCCAGGUUCGAUGCGUACCUCAGCUCACACUACGGUACGACCAACAAUGAUCGGCGACCAGAAACAUAGAUUUUUGUAUCGU